GACAAAACAAAAACACUCUCAUAGGUGGUUUGUUCUUUCUGUUGGCAUUGUUCAUAUGCAUCACUUGCAAAGCUGCAAAACCAGAUAAUUCUGAGGUGAGAAUUUCAUUCCAUUUUCUUGUAAAUUGGAGCCACAAUUCAGUCAGUUUUUGGCUUCUCUCAGGGAAAAGCUCACCGGAAAACACUCCUGGAUUAACAUAAUAUUGAUUCAAGAACCAAAAUACAGUUGGGAUGCAGAUUUAAUGAAGAAAAAAAAUCUGAAUCGGCCCCAUCUCCAUUUAUUAUGAGGCAGAGAUGACGAUUAAAAGCUAGAGAGAAAGAGAAAAACCAGAACUGAUAUUUGUCAUUCCAUUUCCGAUAUUUUUCUUCAUCUUUCUCAAAUGGGUUUUACUUUUCUUGGCUUCUAUAACUCCAUUUUUAUUCUAUCUCUGUUCUUCAUACCUUCAAUUUGUCAACAACCCAAUACAGAUGGAUACUUCGUAUCCAUUUUCUUACAGAAAAUGGGUUUAACCUCAUCUCGAGGUUACAAUUUCUCUUCUUCAGUUUGUUCAUGGCAAGGAGUUUUCUGUGAUUCAAGUCAAACCUAUGUUCUAGGGUUGAAAGUUUCUGGAUUAGGUUUAUCCGGUUUGAUUCCUGAUAACUCCAUUGGUAAACUCUCAAAGCUUCAAACUUUGGAUCUGAGUAACAACAAAAUCACCAACCUUCCUUCUGAUUUCUGGAGCUUGGGUUCACUCAAAACCCUUAAUCUCUCCUUUAAUCACUUCUCUGGUUUACUUCCAAGCAACAUUGGUAAUUUCGGUCAGCUUGAAGUUCUUGAUUUUUCGAACAAUAACUUCUCUGGGAGUAUUCCAGAAGCUGUAAGCUCACUUACCAGUCUUCAAAUUCUUAAACUUGACUUAAACGGGUUUGAAUCAAGAAUCCCAUCUGGGUUAAUGAACUGUCAUUCUCUGGUUUCCAUUGAUCUUUCUUCAAAUCGUCUUACUGGGUUUUUAGCAAAAGGGUUUCUAUCUGCAUUUCCUAAACUCAGAUCGUUGAAUCUUGCUGGGAAUGAAAUUCAGGGACAGGAUUCGGAUUUUUCUGAAAUGAUUUCAAUCAGUUAUCUCAAUCUUUCAAGAAAUCUCUUUCAGGGUUCUGUUGUAAGUGUUCUUCAGGCGCCAUUGGAGGUUGUUGAUUUGAGCAGGAACCAGUUUCAAGGACAUAUUUCUCAGGUAAAUCUCAAAUCCACAUUCAAUUGGUCUAAUUUGGUGCAUUUGGAUUUGUCUGAGAAUCAGCUUAGUGGAGAGAUCUUUAGUAAAUUCAAUGAAACCAGGAAUUUAAAACACCUUAAUCUCGCUUUCAACCGGUUUAAUUCUCAACGUUUUCCUAAUAUUACUAUGUUAUUGGGUUUGGAAUAUCUGAAUUUGUCCGGGGACAAUCUCAUUGGUCGUAUUCCUGUUGAAACCUCGACAAUGAGGAGUCUUGAGAUACUGGAUUUAUCGAGAAACCGACUCAACAAUCGAUUGCCUAGUUUGGGUAUGAAAGGUUUACGAAUCCUGGAUGUUUCGUAUAAUAACAUGACAGGAGAAAUACCAAUGGUGAUAUUGCAGAGAUUGUUAUCCGGAAUGGAGAAAUUCAACUUCUCAUAUAACAACUUUACCCUUUGCACCUCUGGAUUCCCUGCUGAAACGCUUAAAUCCGCAUUUGUUGGAUCGUUAGAUAGCUGCCCAAUUGCUGCAGACCCGGAGAAGAUUCGUCGAAAAUCUAAUCAACAUAAAGGGCUCACUCUCGCUUUCGUUACGAUCACGAUCGCGGUUGUGUUUUGUUUGCUCGUGGCAUUGUUGUUUCUAGCGUUUGGUUAUCGGAGGAAACGUAGGACGUGGAUUGUAAAACAUGAUUCUUCUUCUUACAAAGAAGAAACUAAUAUUUCAGGGCCAUUCUCGUUUCAAACUGAUUCAACGACGUGGGUUGCUGAUGUUAAGCUGGCGACGUCUGUCCCUGUUGUUAUAUUUGAAAAACCGCUGUUGAAUUUCACGUUCGCGGAUCUCCUUUCGGCGACUUCGAAUUUCGAGAGAGGAACUUUGCUUGCAGAAGGGAGAUUCGGACCGGUUUAUCGAGGUUUUCUACCUGGUGGAAUCCAUGUUGCGGUUAAAGUGUUGGUUCAUGGUUCUACAAUGACUGAUCAAGAAGCUGCGAGAGAGCUCGAGUAUCUAGGAAGGAUCAAACACCCGAAUUUGGUUCCUUUAACGGGUUAUUGCUUGGCCGGGGAUCAGAGGAUCGCGAUUUACGAUUAUAUGGAGAAUGGUAAUUUGCAGAAUUUACUUCAUGAUUUGCCUUUGGGAGUUCAAAUGAAUGGAGAUUGGAGUCGAGAUAUUUGGGACGAGGAUGAUAACGACGAUAAUGGUAUUCAGAAUGUCGGGUCGGAAGGGUUGUUGACGACUUGGCGGUUUAGGCACAAAGUUGCUCUCGGGACUGCUCGAGCUCUAGCGUUUCUCCACCACGGUUGUUCGCCUCCCAUCAUUCAUAGGGAUGUUAAAGCUAGCAGCGUUUAUCUUGAUUCAAAUUUGGAGCCGAGAUUAUCUGAUUUUGGACUGUCAAAGAUUUUCGGAAAUGACAUUGAAGACGAGAUAGCUCGUGGGUGUCCUGGCUAUGUUGCACCUGAAUUUGUCCAACCGGAGAGUAAUCCUCCAAAGAAUUUGACUCCUAAAUCGGAUGUUUACGGUUUUGGUGUCAUUCUUUUCGAGCUAAUCACUGGGAAGAAACCCGUGGAAGAUGAAUACCCUGAUUAUAGCGAUGAAGAUGGGAAAGAAGGGAAUCUGGUUAACUGGGUGAGAGGAUUAGUGAGGAGGAAUCAAGGGUUGCGAUCGAUUGACCCGAAGAUCGUGGGGACUGGCCGCGACUUCCAUUUGGAGGAAGCGUUGAAGAUAGGGUACUUGUGCACGGCUGACCUUCCGUUCAAACGACCCAGCAUGCAGCAGGUUGUUGGUCUUCUUAAGGACAUCGAUCCCCUUAGGAAUCUAUAGGAGUACUAAUUCGCAUCUUUUGUUGUUGUUUUUGUCAUUUAUUUUACAUGCAUUGUAGUAUUUGAACGAUCAUAAAUUCUUGAAAUUUGUUUAUUUGCAAUACUUAAUUUAGAUUGUUCCUAAUGAA